UUAGUUCUUUACUUCUACUAAUGUAACACAUUAAAAUUUUGUUCAGAAUUUUUUUUACAUUUUUUGAGUAAAAAGUAUUUAUAUAAUUAAAUAAUUUCUAUACACUUGGCUCUUUUUUGAAACAAAUUGACCGUUGAGAUCAAUGUAAUGAGAAAUUGGAAAUAUUCCACAAUUUUUACAAUAGUGAAAAGAUUGCUUGGACUAAAAGACCGAGACUUGAAAAUCCGCAUUGAUCUCAAUAGAGUAGAACGCAAAAGAUGAUGGGUUUUUAAAAAUCAAAAACGACAUUAUAGAAGUAUUUUUCUGGGAAACCCUAAUUUAAACAUCCGAUGAAUGAAUGGAUUUUGGAAAAACAGAUGAAACCCGAAGUGAGCAUGGAGGUGAGCUGUGUAGAGGAGGGAGAAAAGACUGAUAGCCCGGACGAAUGGCAAAGCGGUGAGGGUGCCAUGGGUCCAUUGGAAGCCCCCGUCGAGGAAAAUGUCCUGAAUAACGAAGAGCAAAGGGAUGAGACUUCUCCACGGCCUGAACCGCCCUCGCAAGACUUCCUCUCUCCGGUACCUGACUUUCAGAAUACAUCGUGUAAAACGCCUCAUCGCAAGAGGAAAAGCGAUACACUUAUAGAUUUGAAAAAUCAACUGCCUUGCAAAAAACUAUUUUCUGAUGAUAGUCCUUCCAAUUGUAGUAUGAAGAAAAAGCAGGUGAGCUCAGAGAACAUGACUGACAAGUUGAAAGUGUCCCUUUCUGUGAUACCUCCAAAAGAACACCCACCACCGGAGAUUGCUGAUUGGCUGCUUCAGUUUCAGAAAUGGUCAAAUGCCGAAAGGAUACUUGCAAUCGAUAGGUUGAUAGAGACUUGUGAGCCGACGCAAGUCCGACACAUGAUGCAAUUGAUAGAACCCCAAUUUCAAAGGGAUUUUAUCUCUUUGCUUCCUAAAGAGCUUGCCCUCUUGGUACUAUCAUUCCUCGAGCCUAAAGAUCUCUUGAGGGCAGCCCAAACCUGCAGGCAUUGGAGGUUUUUAGCGGAAGACAAUCUUCUUUGGAAGGGCAAGUGCCAGGCUGCUGGUAUCAAUAGAGAGUCUACAUUGUAUUCAAGUAAACGGGCCAGGCACAGGUCACCUUCUUCACCGGCAUCUCCUUGGAAAGCCGCUUUUAUGCGACAACACAGGAUAGAAAUGAAUUGGCGUGUGAGACCUAUUCGACCACCAAAAGUAUUAAAAGGGCAUGAUGAUCAUGUGAUAACUUGCCUGCAGUUUUCGGGAAGCCGAAUUGUCAGCGGAAGUGAUGACAACACGUUGAAAGUCUGGUCGGCUACUACUGGCAAAUGUCUGAGGACGCUUUCCGGUCACACUGGUGGAGUGUGGUCAUCGCAAAUGUCAGGAAGUACGAUUAUCUCUGGAAGCACAGAUAGGACGUUGAAAGUAUGGAAUGCUGAAACUGGUCAGUGUAUUCAUACGCUCUACGGUCAUACGUCUACAGUUAGAUGCAUGCACCUCCAUGAGAAAAAAGUUGUGAGUGGAUCGAGGGAUGCUACUCUCAGGGUCUGGCACAUCGAAAGUGGGGAGUGCCUGCAUGUUCUUGUAGGGCAUCUCGCUGCAGUUCGUUGUGUCCAAUAUGACGGAAGGCUUGUUGUGAGCGGUGCCUAUGAUUAUAUGGUGAAAGUUUGGAAUCCAGAACGAGAAGAGUGCCUGCAUACACUUCAAGGUCACACAAACCGUGUUUAUUCAUUACAGUUUGAUGGAAUACACGUGGUGAGUGGAUCGCUGGACACUAGUAUAAGAGUGUGGGAAGUGGAAAGUGGUCAAUGUAGGCAUACACUGAUGGGUCACCAGUCACUUACGUCAGGGAUGGAACUGAACAACAACAUACUCGUGAGUGGCAACGCCGAUUCAACAGUGAAAGUGUGGGACAUUCUAUCUGGGCAGUGUCUCCAAACGUUAUCCGGCAUCAACAAACAUCAAUCGGCCGUUACUUGUCUUCAGUUCAACAAUAGAUUUGUCAUCACUUCUUCGGAUGAUGGAACUGUCAAACUCUGGGAUGUCAAAACUGGAGAAUUCAUCAGGAAUCUGGUAGCUUUAGAUAGUGGAGGGAGCGGAGGUGUGGUUUGGAGAAUCAGAGCCAAUGAGACAAAGCUGGUUUGUGCAGUUGGUUCAAGAAACGGCACCGAGGAGACUAAACUUCUUGUCCUCGAUUUUGACGUUGAAGUCAAGUAAGAGACUGGAGGAGGAAAUAUCUAAGGAAAUAUUUAAUCAUCUUUGUCUAGGAAUUAGUGCAGUUUCUAAAUGCGUCCGGAAUAUUUUUCCCUUUGACUUUCUGGUUUUGAGUUAAAAGAUGCUGCAACAUCAAUUAAACUUAAACCUUAUAUGAGUGUGGAAAUGACAAAUUUCUUUGCUGGACUUUAUUUCAAAAACAUUUUUGGCAAUGCGCAAUUAAUUAUUGAAUUUCGCUUUAGUAUGUUUUAUAAUUAAUAUAUUUAUUUUUUAUAAAUGAUCUUUUCUUUCUUUAAUUUGAUUGGUCAUUUUGUGAGAGUUGUGUGUGUCGUGGAUGUGUGUGUGCCCGCGUGCACUCAUAUGUAUAUAUAGAUAUAUAUAACAGUUCAUAAAUAUGUAUGUUAUAUAUGGUUAUAUAUAUAUAAUAAUAAUAAUACAUGUUCACAAAUUAUUAUUUUGUACCUGUGUCAGUGUAGGAUACUUGUACUUUAAAAAAGUUAGAUAAAUGAAAAAAAAAAUAUUGGCAGUUGAAAUAAACGAUUAAAAACUAGGGAUAUUGUGUAUCAGGGUAAGAAAUUCUAUGCUUAUCUACCUCGGGUCGAUAACGUUAACAUUAAACUGCCAGUGUAGGAACAAUGUAAGACUUGUAAUAUUUUCCUUGUUUGUAAUAGGUUGUUUCUCCUGUUUAUUGUUUGAUGUAAUGCAAAUUCUGGUAGGUGUUUGUUUUCUGACAGAGAAGUCUGUGAUAAUAUUUAAUGUUUAUUUUCCUUUUUUUCCCCUGUUAUGGAAGAAAUAAUUAAUAAAAGCACUAGUUACCUUUUUCAUACAUUUCCAAGUCUUAAAUCGCUUCCCACGGGUACAAUUUUUGAGCAAAGAUGAGAUUUCGUUUCCACAGCUCAUUGAAAUUUUUUUUGUGAAUUAUCAAGGAAGGUAAAUGUCAGACCCAAAAAUUGAUAUCACCUUGUGCCACAAGGCGAAUGGAGUGCCCUUUCAAGAUUUCUUUGGGCACACAACUUUUGAUCAUAAAAAAAGAAAUGAAUGCGUAUGUUGAAAGAGUUGGGUUUUCCAAUAAGCGGUCUCGGCAUUAAAAAUUUCUUCGUAUCAACCAAUUUUGCUUGAAAAAAUGAACAAACGAACAAAAAGGCUAAGUUGUUUUGUAAUCUUAUAAAUUUAAAUUACAUCACAUUUUCUUCGAACAAUAAUAUGUACUAGAAAGUUAGAUUUUGUUAUUUGGUCCAUAAGUGAUAAUAUAUUAUAUAAUGAUGGAUUGAGUUUGUUAUACUGUAUUACGUUUCUUUGAUUUGACAUUAUUUUUGUUGAAUUAUAUUUUUUGAAUCUCAUUUGACUCAAUUCAUUUAUAAACAUUUUAGUUUUAUUGUGAUUGAAUUGGUUUCUCUAAAGCAAACCAGCAACAUUAGUAUUGGAAAGAGUUAUUUUUUCAUAACGAUCUUUGUUUUACAAAAUAAUAUUAGUGGUGGGAAAAUACUCAAGCCAUGUUCUGUUGUCCAAGUGUGUGUUCUGAAUAAAUUUGUUUAUUGUUGUUGUAUUUAUUCAGACUGAUGAAUGAAGAACAUUGCUCAAUUAUGUUUUGUAUUGUGUGAUGUGAAAACAAAAUUAAGUGUAAUAAUAAAUUCUACUUUAAUCCCA